GGAGGAGCCUUGCCAGGAGCUUCUACUGGUAGAGUGAGUGGGUAAGAGAGAGAGAGAGAGAGAGAGAGAGAGAGGGGAGGGGUGCGAGUAGAGACACUCAGAGAUUGAGAAUGGAACAUCAGUGAGAUCGAGCCAGCAUAAGCGCGAGAGAACACGAGAAAGCUCACGCUGAGAGAGUCUAAACAUCAACAGGAGAGAGAAGCAAAGCUGAUUAUCGGCAACUCUGAAGAGUGACAUAGAGAGAAGGAGAGAGAGAAGAACAAGAGGAAAAGAAGAAGAAGAGGAGGAAGACAGGACAGAAGAGUUAAAGCUAUAUCCCUGACAGCAGGGACAUCAUUGAGGGACUGUAGCACCCAUCCAGAACUGCACAGAAGAGCACUGUUGUGUGUUUGUGUGUGUGCCAACUUUAAUUUCACACACUUGCCCACUGUGUUCCAGAGGUUCACCCUCUUCCUCUCCAGCCAUGAUCCCCUGGGUCGUUGUGUUCCUGUGGAUCUCCGGACAUGGGGUCCAGGCCACGUUUUCCCAGCAGCCCCAGGACCUGGUGGUGGUGGCUGGCCAGCCCGUCACCCUGCCCUGCUCCAUUCCUGGCUACCAUGGUGUUGUCCUGUGGAUCAAAGAUGGCCUGGCUCUGGGCGUUGGCAGAGACCUAUCAGGCUACCCUCGUUACACAGUGAUUGGGGACCACAGUACAGGGGAACACCACCUCCGGAUCCAACGUGUGGAGCUGAUGGAUGACGCUGUCUUUGAGUGCCAGGCAAUCCAGGCAGCCAUGAGGUCCCGUCCUGCCCGACUCACUGUGCUGGUGCCUCCUGAAGACCCAGUGAUCCGUGGUGGUCCGGUGGUGAGCCUGAGAGCAGGAGAUCCCCUAAACCUGACCUGCCACGCUGACAACGCCAAGCCAGCAGCAUCCAUCAUCUGGAUCCGCAAUGGAGAGGUCCUCAAUGGAGCCAUGUACUCCAAGGUAAGCAUCGAGACACUGCUUCGUGAUGGAAGGAGGGAGAGUACGGUUAGCACCCUCUACCUGUCUGCAUCCAACAUCGAGACAGGCCAGCAGAUCAUCUGCCGAGCAUCUAACAAGGCUGUGCCCAAUGGCAAAGAGACCAGCGUCAACAUCGACAUCCAGCAUUUACCACUUGUCAAUCUGUCAGUGGAGCCUCAGCCCAUUCUGGAAGGAAACCUGGUCAAGUUCCACUGCUCAGCCAAGGCUAACCCACCCGUCACACUGUACAGGUGGGCCAAAGGAGGCAACGUGAUCAAGGAGGUCUCUGGGGACACUUAUGAGGUCAUUGUGGACCACUCCUUCUUCACUGAGCCUGUCUCCUGUGAGGUCACCAACCCUCUGGGCAGCACCAACAUCAGCCGCAACGUCGACGUCUACUUUGGUCCACGCAUGGCUGCAGAGCCCCAGUCCUUACAGGUGGAUCUGGGGUCUGAUGCUGUGUUUAACUGUGCCUGGACGGGAAACCCCUCCCUCACCAUCGUCUGGAUGAAGAGGGGCUCUGGAGUGGUACUAAGCAAUGAGAACAUCCUGACACUCAAGGCUGUGAGGCAGGAAGAUGCUGGGAAAUAUGUGUGCCGUGCCGUGGUCCCGCGUGUCGGCGCCGGGGAGAAGGAGGUUUCUCUCACCGUCAACGGCCCACCCACCAUCUCUAGUACCCAGACACAUCAGGCUCUCCACGGGGAGAAGGGAGAGAUCAAAUGCUUCAUCCGGAGCACUCCACCUCCAGACCGCAUUGCCUGGUCAUGGAAGGAGACAGUGCUGGAGUCAGGGACAUCUGGCCGCUACACAGUGGAGACGGUCAGCAGCGAGGAAGGGGUCAUCUCUACUCUGACCAUGAGUAACAUCGUCCCUGCAGACUUCCAGACCAUCUACAACUGCACAGCCUGGAACAGCUUUGGGUCUGACACGGAGAUCAUCCGCCUCAAGGAACAAGAGUCUCUCCCGUUGGCGGUCAUCAUAGGGGUGGCAGUCGGGGCCUUAGUGGCUUUCAUCGUCCUCAUGGGAACCAUCGGAGCUUUCUGUUGUACCCGCUCUCAGAGAAAGGAAGCGCACCUGGUUAUGCCCUCACUACCCGUCUCCAUCUGUGCUCACCAGAGAGAGCUUGCAAGCAAAAUUAAGACAGAAAAUCUAAAAGGGGUGGUGUCGGCCAAGAAUGACAUCCGAGUAGAGAUUGUCCACAAAGACCACAACGUGGCCCGGGAAAAUGAGGAGCACACCGUCAUGAAGCAACUGAUGGUGAGUGUAGAACGUGGGGAGUUCCAGCAGGAGUCAGUGCUGAAGCAACUAGAGGUGCUGCAAGAGGAUGAGAAAGAGUAUCAGCAUAUCAAGGACCCCACCAACGGAUACUACAGUGUCAACACCUUCAAGGAGCACCACUCCACCCCCACCAUCACCCUUAAAGGUAACCAGACUACAGAGAUGCGGAAUCCCACCGCUGCCACCACCGGGGGCAAGCAGCGGGUACCCACGGGCAUGUCCUUCACCAACAUCUACUCCACCCUAGGUGCCGGGCCAAACCGCCUGUAUGACUACAGCCAGCGCUUCGUGCUGGGCAUGGGCAGCAGCUCCAUCGAGCUGUGUGAGAGGGAGUUCCAGAGAGGAUCACUCAGCGACUCCAGUUCCUUCAUCGACACGCAGUGCGACAGCAGCGUCAGCAGCUACAGCAAGCAGGACGGCUACGUGCAGUUCGACAAGGACAGCAAGGCCUCCGCCUCCGCCUCCUCCUCAUCCCACUACUCCCAGUCCUCCUCCCAGAACUCAGACCUCACACGGCCACUCCAGAAGCGCAUGCAGACCCACGUCUGACCUGAAAGUCAGAGAAGGCCUGCCUGUCCUGGGGCAUCUAGCCAUGGGUUGGGACUAUGGCAAACACAGCUUCCUGAGACAGAGAAGGGACCUACGUUUCAAAGCACAUGAUGUGUUCGUGGGAAGCCUUGACAUAGGUGGCUUUAACUCACAUUGGACUUGUUCAGACUUCUCUGUGUUCCAACCAGUGGAUCAAGAAGUCUUGCAUCCCCCCCACAUCUCAUCCUAAGCUCGUCAGAAACCACCUCCUGUUGCCCAGUUUUCCACUAACCCAUAAACAUACAGUAGCUGCGCAAAUAGAGAGGUAUUUUGCCAACAUGGACACAACUCAAGUGUGGAGGUGGUUGCUGCACUGAUUUCAGUGGAAAUAGAAUCCCAUAUAAGACAGCAAAAUAACCAAUCACUGGGGCUGGGGGCUAGGAGUCUUGGUCUACAGCAAGUUCUCUUUCAAACAAAGCGAGACCACUCUCUUAUGGGUGGCAAAAGUAACCCAUCACUUGGUACGUGUAAGCCAAUAUUCUGCUGCUCUCUUGUUGUUCUAAGCACAACUGUGAAUGUGUAUUAAUGGUCAAAGCUUUUCUUUUCUCUUAUCCCCUCUCUCCCCCCAGCAUCCGCUCACACACACUGUAUGUUAAGCUUGGCUGAUUCAACUUCAUCCCGUGUGUGGGUGGAGUAAAACUCUCCAAAUUUGCCGAGACUUGCCAAACAAUUAACCGACGCCAGUCUUUUCCCCGGGCUCCCAGCUCUCAGAACUCUGCAGAUAAGGAGGCCCGUGAUCUCAACCGGAAAGCCUGGGUCGUUGUUUCACAGUUUGCCACUCUGAGAUAAAGGAAUAAUAUCAGUGUACAUUAUGCAUCUUUUAUUCAGCAUUCUUUAUUUUUAUUUGGCUGUUUGAGUUCACUUGUUUUGAGGUCUCGGUAUAGAGUUUUUCCCUUUGUUUUUGUCUUGCCUUGAGUGGGACUAUUUGAAAUGCCCAGAGAUAUUUCAGGAGAUAAACUUUUGCAUUCAGAAGCUGAACGGGAUAUGUUCUAAUUUAAAGAAGGGGAUUGGUUACCCAGUCAACCUGUUGGCACCAUGCCAGCUCAAAUGGAGGAGAGCAUAGCUGCCUGGCUAUAAUGUGUGCCCUACCCAUGUAAUGUGAAGUCUCUCAUACCAUAUGCUUUAGAUCAUCAACCAUGUCCACAGGAUAGGAUGCUGCCUGCGGAACCAAAUGUAAACACUGUGUACUGUAACAGAGCUUCUCAUCAUCAUGUGACUUUCCCAAUACUAUGUUAACACUGGAACUCAGUCAAUCCAGACUGUAUACCUACUGUGAUCUAGGUGCUCAUUGAUGGAAAUGGAUAGGAAUAUAUUAUGUACAUUUUUAUUUUUAUUUCCUGUAUUUUGUUCAUUUGGCUGUUGUGAGACUACUGUAUAUAUGCUGACUGUUUUAAGUGAGCGUAUUGUUCAUGCCAGAUAUGGAAUUUCACUUUUUUCACCAUCACCAUUCUUGUCACUUUAGUCGAGAGAUGAGGGAAAGACAAAAACAAACAACAUCACUGAUAAAUACAAAAGUACUUGGUAGAUCCACAAUGCCUCCUCUCUGCUAGCUAGCCUGCUGUGGAGGGUGACAUGGUCACAUGAAACACAGGGCAUGUCACGUACAGGACAAGUACUUUAACACCAGACAAGACCAACCACGAUAAUGUUAAUCCAGUACAGCACACUAUAUUGGAUGAGAUAAUCAAUGUGGUUGUGUUGGUGAUAAUGACUAAAAUAUACAGUACAUCAUUUUGCCACCACACUACAUAUCACCACACACCAUACAGUCAGGCCUGCAAUACCAUACAGUACAAUACUUAUGAGCCCUCCAUUGUAGAGGUCUUUAGUAGGGUGGGGCAGAAUUACAGUAAUUCUCAAGGGCAGUUCCUGGAGUGUCAGUUAGUUACAGUAUAUUACUUGUCUGCAAUUCAACCUCGCAAUGAUACAGUAUCAUAGGUUACAUCAUCAGUUAGCCUUCAAAAGCCUGUAAAAUAUGUUUGCCUGUGGGUGGCUUCUAGGUCUGGACAGACAGGCCCUGCUUUCUAACAUCAGUUUGAUUAUUAUUAGAUAUAGCAUCAGAGAAGGGUAACAUUUAGCCUAAUGCCAGGAAAACAACAUGCUCCAGUUUUACGGCAAUACAGUAGACACCGAGCUGUAAUGAUGAUGUCAUUUCCUGUUUUUCAAAUCUAAAACAGUCCUCUCGUAUCUCAUUAUUUUGCAUGAAUCUUCUUCUGCAGGAAUACUUGGCCAACGGAAUAGAUAAAUGUACUAACUUGUCCUUCACUUGUGUUGACUUGCUGAAAAUGGACAAUCCUUUGUAAGAGUUAGACUGUACCUUCAACAAAUGAGAAAGUUGUUGCUGUAGGCAUUUUACAUGUGAUUAUAUUCAAGGCAUUUCAAUGGGCUUUUCUACAUGAGUGGUGGUGGUUUGACUCUAAUUUUACAAAUGGAUUGGUGCCCAUUGUACGGCUGAAACACAAAAAGGUCUGUGUCAAUGCUGAUAAUUCAGCUUGGCUCUUAGAACACUAUAUAUAAAUCUCCAAUGCUCUCUGUAUAUAAUUUUCCAGUUACUUAUUUUCUCAGUCAGUUUUCAGUAUAGUAGGGCAAAACAAAUCCCUAUACCAUCAAUAUUGUACAGACAGACAAUCAAUUUUCCGUUCCUUUUUCUCUCAGCAUUCAUCUCCCACCAAGCUUGUCUUUGCAAACAAGUUGUUUGUGUGAGCAGUUUUUUAUCUCUUUGUGGCAGUCUCUCUCACACAGUCACACAGUCAAAGCUGUUUGGCCCUUGGGUGUGGCACGCGAACUGUUCAUGGGGUGAGAUGGGAGCUAGAAUGUCCCUAGAGAAAACUUGCUUCCCUUCCCAGAUUCAGCCCUGUCUUACUGAGGGGUUAGAAUAGUACCAACUAACUGGAGCCGUAGUGUCACAACUCCAGACACACAACGUUUGUGAGGUUUUCUAACAUCUGUAUUUUUGUGACCAGCAAACUGGAUGGAUUAAUAAAUUAAAUGGUAUUCUACCAACCCCCACCGUCAACUUGCUACCGUGGGAGUCUGUAUACAGUAUCACCUGUGCCAUGCUCAUCACAUAUACCGCUGUGGGAAUCAAAGCCCAUGUGGGUACACAUACACCAGUCUGCAUGUUUGACCUGAGGAGGGGUGUUUGUUUGGCACCAGCUGGUGCUGUUUGCCAUGUUUUAGAAAUAUGCCUUGGCCAAACAGAUGAAUAAAUAUGCCCACAAUGAUAACACAGCGUUGCUGCCCUUCCCUGAUAAAACACAACAUCCAUUUCCAGGGUCAUCGAGCCAGGGAGGUAAAUCCUCUAUUUUUCAGUGGUGAUGAAGACCACUGUUUGGUCCACAUUUUCCCCAUCCCACAAGGCUGUUUCUGGGGUAGGGGGGAGAUGGGGGAGCUACUGUAGUCUCAGAUUGGUGGAUAGUUAUCUGUGUAAUGAUUUAUGUGCCCUGUGGCUAUAUUGCAUCAGUGACUUGUGCCCCGCAGAACAUUUUGCUUGGUCUGAGUUAAAUAGUAGAAAAAAAUGUAUGAAGAAAUAUAUCAUGCCAAACACUGACACUGUCAUAAUGUAGCUCUGCCUGAAAAUGGUGGUUUACAGACACUAGUAUAUGCUACAACAUCCUCCAUUUUCUUUUCUACCAAUCAAUAUCUUGAUAGUCUGCUACAAAAAGAUAUUGACAUGGAAGUUUUAAAAGUCAAUAUAAAUAGUGAAUCAUCAAUGUAUAUACUGUAAUUGAAAGAGAAAGUGAAUGUUGUACUGGGUAAACCACUAUUUUCAUGCAGUGGCCCUCUGUAUUUAAAACCAAUUUUACAAAAAGACAAAAAAAUGUAUUUUACCCGUACUGGUCUGUGAAUCUAUGAUGCUUUUGCUCUGUAUAUUUGGGGGAAAAAAUAAUAAUAAUUGUCUGAACUCGCCUUCAA